UAAGAUGCGCAAAUGGUUUGGACUUUUGAAUGUUACGAAUUGUCUUACCAGCCUUUCCUAUCCUUUUAAUGACCUAAUGAUUACAAUGUUGAAAAGUGACAUACAUUCAGCUCUCAAAAUAGACAGAGCGUGCUGCGCGGAAACAAUUUAGACCCCUCAAAUCUCCCUCGACCUGGCUUUGCAGGAGCGGGAUGAUCCAACUGUGGAGGCUUGCAGAAAUCCUAUGAUCUUAGCGCCAUCUGAAACGGGCGGGGAGGAGCUUUGGGGAUCCACUGAUUUUUGUCUUUCAUCCUCUCUCAUGUCUCAGAUGCAAAAAGCUCACCCGGAGAGGUUUUGAAAUAACUCGCAAGCUGCGAGGGGGCGCUCACGCAGUACUUCACAAAGGUGGUUUUAAGGACUAGCCAGCAGCGGUUCUCUCUCCUGUGAAAGCUAGACUUUGUGAAAAUAUGUUCGUGCCGGAUGCCCUGCUCUGUGUGAGUGUCCAGCAGGACGCCCCUCAUGCCCGCCAGGGGUGAGCAUGGUACCAGACGGCUGUAGCUGCUGCAAGGUGUGUGCUGCCCAGCUGAACCAGGACUGCCACGCCAUGCAACCCUGCGACCAUCACAAGGGCCUGGAGUGUAACUACGGCAAUGAUGUGGGCAGCACCCAUGGCAUCUGCAGGGCUAAACUGGAGGGCCGAUCGUGUGAGUACAACGGACGGAUGUACCAGAACGGGGAGAACUUCCGUGCCGGAUGCAAGCACCAGUGUACUUGUGUGGACGGAGCCGUGGGCUGCGUGCCCCUCUGCCCCACUCACCUGCCCCUGGCCUCCCCCUCGUGCCCUGCUCCACGCCUCGUCAAGGUGCCUGGCCAGUGCUGCCUGAGCCUGGACUGCCACAAGGGUUCCUCGGUGCUGCCCCCGGUGUUCAGGAAGCCUCAGCCGCCCCCUUAUCUCUAUCCACACAUCCAGCCCUACCCCAAGCCUUACCCGGAGCCCUACCCCAAGCAGUACUACAAGCGCUUCCCACACAAGGCCAAGGACACGCUGAGCAACGAGCUGAUGGAAGAGGGAAAGAAGUGGGACAAACCACGCAGUCACAAGCACCUGGCCGCUUGGAAGCAGGAGGGGAAGCAGUGUGUAGUCCAAACGACGAGUUGGUCCCAGUGCUCCCGCAGCUGUGGGAUGGGCGUCUCCUCUAGGGUCACCAACAACAAUGCCCAGUGCAAGCUGGUGAAGGAGACCCGCCUGUGCAACAUCCGACCAUGCAGCUCCAUGUCCGUACCCAUCAAGAAAGGGCGUAAGUGCUCACGUACCCAGAAGGCCCCAGAGCCCCUGCGCCUGCACUACGCUGGCUGCCGGAGCGUCCGUCUCUACCGGCCCAACUACUGCGGAGUGUGUAAGGACGGGCGCUGCUGCUCGCCACGCCGCACGCGCACUGCCUCUGUGCGCUUCUCCUGCCCGGACGGCGAGCGCUUUGAGCGGGCCGUCAUGUUCGUGCAGUCCUGCAAGUGCAGUGACGAGUGCAGCCACCUCAACGAGGCCGCCCUCCCACCCCAGCGCUGGCUCUACGGUGACACACACAAGUUCAUCGACUAGUCCUGCACCUUCACUUUUAAACCCCUCUUUCUCUCUCUAUCGCCCCUUCCUUACCCAGCCAACCUCCCUACACCCUGAUAGAGUAGCGGUUCCAAGUGUACUUCCCAAGUAGAUGCUAGCCCGAGGCUCAGACGGCCUCCACUCCUAAGAGUGUCCAAUCCACAGGAGGAAAGGGAGAGUUUUAUGUUUUUUUUUUUUUUUUUUUUUUUAGUUUCAUGUCUGAUCCUCCCUUUUGCUCGGAUAUAGUGGAUUAGUGCUGGCCUUAGAAUAGACACCCGUGUCCAACACGGUUCGAUAGGGAUCACCACGAGAGCCCCGCGUGUAAAUAGCUAGCCGUGGAUUCUACGAGCCGCCAUUUUGUCUCCCCGAAAAAAAAACGGUGGCAAUGCGCUCUGUGACUGAAGUGACAUGGAGAGGGAAUGUUGCAACUUGGCAGCAAGAAGUGGCGAAAAUCCAGAAUCUCAGAGGACUUGCAAGCAGCUGCCACAAGAUGCCCAGUGAGCUGGUGGAGUGAAAGAAUGGGGUUCGCUUCUCAUGCUAAAUGUGAGCAGGCGGUAAACCCUUUCGACGGCAAAGAGUAUUUUCAUCCAGUGUGGGGGAAAAGAAGAGAUGUGUGGGAUGUGUGAGACUUGUCUCCUAGGGGAGACUAGGGACUUCAAACAUGAGACAGCGAGCUUAGACAGCGAAGGGGAAACCAAGAUGGAUGAGGAGGCAUCCCCCUUUUGUUUUCAAAGAAGCCGUCUCUUCUUUGCCUCUUAUUUAUGCCAGGCUAUUUAUUUUUUUGACAGAUGAAAUGACAAGCCUUUUUUUAAACAGAUGAUGAGCCUCUGGUUGGGAAACAGUUUACUGUCAAGAAGCGUAGAGCAUUCUUGGACCAGUGGCCUUCUAGUGUUUCCUCGAGAGGAAAGAGGAGGAGGUUAGGAUGUGGGCCAACUGGAUUGAACCUUCUCUUCUCUUGGACUGGUUGGUCCGAGGGCAGCUCCAAAGCUGGAAGAUACCUUCACCUUCACCUUCAAUACCUUCAUACACAGCUCUAUCCCUUUGCACCUCAACAAUGGUGCAGUUGGUCUAGAGAGACUUUUGCCAAGAGCCAAGGGACCAUCUCAUGAAUCUUGGCACCAACGUCAACUUGGUAGCUGAACAAAUUACAAUGCUGAGUUUUGGGGGUAGUGAGGAACCCAGCAACCCUCUGGUUUGCUGUAAAAAUACAUUUUAAAACACCAGCAUCAGACAUAAACAUGUAAUUUGUGACUAGCGGGUGGGACUGUUCUGGAUUCGAUCUGGCCUGUAAUCUAGCAACUGAUGCAAAAAAAAUCAAGAGACCUAAACCCUUGUUUGAGUUGCUCGGUGCCUCUUGUGGUCUCCAUGUCUGCCAUUUGGCAGCGUUAGACGAGAUGUCGACUGUGACAUCAUCCUCAUUAAAGCCAUGGGAGCCAACUUAAGACAACAAAGUGAUGGUUGAGACUGGCACUAGGGAUAUCUCCAACCUCAAUACACCCACUCCCCACUUGAGUAUCUUUGAUUUUAGCCAUUAGCAGGCGUUUGCAUUGCACACUGGUAUCAAUCUGUUAGCUGUGUGGUGUAUAGUAAGAGAAGCACCAAGUUAAUUUCCAGAUGAAGAGAUUAGCAUUUAUGCAGCACGGCCCUUUUGAAGACUUGGGUUAUACUGCUCUGGUGGGACAGAACUGAGACUGAGAGAUGUUCAUGCACCUUACCUGCCUUGUGUCUGACCACAGCUGACUUUAUGUGCCACAGGAUUAAAAAUAGGCAGCAUUUUCAUUUAAAUAUAUCUGUGUUACAAGGUACAGUAUUGUUCAGAUGCAUCAAGGAGCAAACCAUUAUGUUCAAAGUACAGACAUUGCAGCUAUAUUUAACCUUUACCAUAUGUUAUUUUUCUGAUCAUGUGGGUCUUUAAUGUAAGAUUUCUAAAUAAGGAAAUUGAGUGGCAUUGUGGAAUAUCUGGGAGCAAAGAAACACAUUUCAAUAGAAUUAAGACCCAUCUAUGUUUUUGUGAUGAUGUGUUUCUUUUCCUUUGUUGAAUUCCAAAAUAUUUUUUUACCAAUUCCAUUGUGUUUUCAUUUUGAGACUAACAUUUCUCCAAUAAUCUCAAAUCUGACAAUUUACGGAUGUAGUACAUCAAUAAAAAAGUCCUUGUCAAGCGGGUUUACAUUUCAGUGAAAUCAAGGAAUAAACCAUUGUCAUUUUAAAACAUCUGCUUUUAAAUAAAAAUUAAAACGCU